AUGCUGGAGGCGCUGUCGGACGUGCGCUGCCACCUGCGCGUGUCACUGUUUGAUGUCACCUAUCGGCACUUCUUCGGGAGGACCUGGAGGACGGCGGAGAGGCCGGUCCAGCUGCUCUCGGGGUCACCGCCCAGGAUUGUCUUCAAUGAGCCCCUGUAUUUCCACACGUCCCUGGAGCACCCCCACAUCGUGGCCGUGGUAGAGGCCGUCACGGAGGGCCAGAAGCGGGACGGCUGCUCCCGGGCCCUGGCGAGCGGCUUCGGGAUACUUCGGCUCUUCAGCAGCAAACCGGAGUCACCCACCCCCGCCGCCUCGCAGGACAAAUGGCUGAGGCUGUACCACGGCACCCCCAGAGCCCUGCUGCACCCCCUGCUGCUGGACCCCAUCGAGCAGAGCCGGCACCUGAGCCUGGUGGACGGCCGCGGACUGCGUUACAGCCUGCAGGCUCAUCCCGCGCUGGAGCCCGCCUUCCCGCUGCUCCCUGAGAACCUGCUGGUGUCGGGGCUGCAGCCCGUCCCCGGCCUGCUCCCGGGCCCCACCAGCUCCGGGGACGCCUUCCGGAAGCCUCGCCUGCAGAAGCCGGUCACCUGGCUCCUGGAUGACGUGUCCUUCACCCUCUAUCCCUCCCUGGAGAAGUUUGAGGAGGAGCUGCUGGAAUUGCUGACCAGUGACCACCUUUGGGAGGGUGGUGCGCUGGAGAUCCUGGAGCGGCGGCUGCACGUGGGCGUGCACAGCGGGCUGGGCUUCGUGCACAGGCCGCAGGUGCUGGUGCUGGUGCCCGAGCGUGAGGUGGCCCUGACGCGCUCCGCCAGCGUUGGCAGGAGGCUGGGCGCCUCGGUUAAGGCCAGCCCUGGCAACCAGGCCCUGGUCUCGAGGAGCUGCGUGCGGCUGCCCGGGAUGGUCCCGCACCCUGCCUUCGCCAUCGUGUUUCAGCUGGAGUACGUGCUGAGCAGCGCCGCAGGAGUUGAUGGCCACGCCGCUGCGCCCUCACUGUCCACCAUGCACAUGGUGCGCUGGGCCUCCUGGAGCCCGAGUCCGGGGGUGAGCUCCGGCACGGUGACUGUGCCCCUGCAGGGUGGCAUCCGGCCCGGCCCCGCGCGUUGCCUGGUGUUCAAGGUGCCCUCGGCCAGCCUGAGCUCCCAGGAGGUGCAGCAGGUGGAGUCAGGGACCGUCCAGUUCCAGGCCUCGCUGGAUCCCGACAUGCACCUGGACACGCCUGGCCCUCAGCUAGAGCGUCGGCCAUCCAAGAAACUUUCAGGGGCGCCUCCGAGCCCGCCCACGCCUCCGCCCCAGCGGCCCUCUGCCCCCCAGGACUCGCCCGUGGGACCUGGGCUGUCCCUGUCCCAGCUGGCUGUGUCCCCGGACCAGCGCCGCCCGGCCAGGCCCCUCUCACAGCGGCUCCUGAGUCCCGAGGCCCCCGAGGCGGCGCCGCGCUGGGAGGGCGCUGUCUCCCACCUGGAGGCUGACCUCCGCCGGACGCCGCAGCUACCGGGGCCCUCGUUGGCUGAGCCCCUGCGGGAGCUGCCCUUCACCCCGCUGCACACCCCCAUCGUGGCCGGAGCCCAGAGCCGCGGCCUGGGCCGGAAGCCCUCGCGGGCAUCGCUGCUCCUGCUGCAGGCGUCCGGCUGCCCCCCGAUCCUGGAUGCCCACCAGCAGCCUGCCGAGGAGGUGGACCCCAUGGCCGCCGUGAGCUUCAGUGCCCAGAAGGAGGCGGCCGACCCCCUCCAGGGCAACGAGAUUGCGCUGCACUUCCUGGCCUUCAGCAGGGUUUCCCAGGACCCCCCGGGGCUGCCGUGGCCGAAGACCGUGUAUUUCACCUUCCAGUUCUACCGCUUCCCCCCGGCCACCACACCGCGGCUGCAGCUGGUGGAGCUGGCCGGGGCCGGGGAGGGCAGCCCGGACGCCCUGACCCACGUGCUGGUGCCAGUCAGGAAGGACGGCGCCCCUGACCCGGGGCCCCCCGGUUUCCAGCUGCAGUACCUGGUGGCCCCCGGUGCCCUGCCUGGGGAGCACGGCUACCUCCCCCGCUACCUGGCCGCACAUAGCCUACAGAUCGACGUGUGGGACGGGGACUCGCUGCUCCUCGUGGGAUCCACGGCCGCGCCCAUGAAGCACCUGCCCCGCCAGGGCCGCCCGGCCGUGAAGGUGUCUCUGGAGCUCGAGGUGGUGUCCACUGAGUACACGCAGGAUGCGGCCGUGGUCAGCGGGGAUGUGGCUGGUGUCGGGGGUGUCCAGCCCAUCGGUGUCCACACGGUGGUGCGGGGCCGCCUGCACCUGACCUUGGUCAAUGUGGGCCGCCCUUGUGAGCAGAGCAUGAAGAGCAACAGCGCCGUGCCACCGGCCCAGGCCCGGGUGAUCUACAGCGACGCAGCCGGCUGCUUCCCAGGAGGCGGCCUCCUCCCGAGCACGGGCCCCAGAUCCCUGAAGAACGUGGUCCGGGCGCAGAAGCUGGUGGACCUGGACGGUGAGCUGGCCGCCCUGCUCUUCAGCCCCCGGCCCCAGGAGCGUGCCGGCCCCCGACUGGCCGAGGCCGAGGCCGUUCGCAGGCGCAAGCUUGACCGGAUGCGGGCGGUGCGUGUGCAGGAGGCCGGCGGGGAGCUCAGCCCAAGGGCCAGCGCGCUGGCCCAGCGGCGCGUCCACGCCCAGCACGCACGGGACCUGCAGGUGAUCGCGGCCUACCGGGAGCGCACCAAGGCCGCGAGCAUCGCAGGCGCCCUGGGCCGGGCGGUCACCACGCGGCAUACGCUCCAUGCCUCGCUGGGCACCGCCGAGUUCUUUGAGUUCGUGCUCAGGAACCCCCACAACACGCAGCACACGGUGACGGUGGAGAUUGACAACCCCGAGCUCAGCGUCAUUGUGGAUGGUCAGGAGUGGAGGCACUUCAAGGACGCGGCCGGCCUGACUUCGGCGGUGGAGGACGACAUGUUCCACGUCGGGGGCGGCCUUGGGCCCCAGCUCUACCUGCGCCCCCGGGAGGCGGCCCACAUCCCCUUCAAGUUCCAGAGCUUCUCGCUGGGCUGCUCAGCCUGGGCACAGGUGCCCGCCCUGCUGAGCAUGGAGAAGGACGCAGACGCCGGGUCCCCCCUGACGUCAGGGACCUCUCCGGACAUGUCCCGGCACGCCAAGGCCGUGUUCCGCGCGGGCGGCAAGCCCCUGGCUGUGCUGUGCCUGACUGUGAUGCCCCUGCCGCACAUGGUGGACCAGAUCUUCCGCUUCUACCAGCCCGAGUGCACAUUCCUGAAGAAGGCCAUCCGCCUGCCCCCCUGGCAUACGUUGCCAGGUAUGCCCGUGGGCAUGCCCGGGGAAGAGCCCCCGGUCCACGUUCGGUGCAGCGACCCCAAUGUCAUCUGCGAGACUCAGAGUGUGGGCCCCGGGGAGCCUCGGGACGUGUUCCUGAAGGUGGCGAGUGGUCCCAGCCCCGAGACCAAAGACUUUUUUGUCGCUGUUUACACGGACCGCUGGCUGGCUGCACCCGCCCAGGUCUGGGAGGUGCACGUGCACGCCCUGCAGCGAGUGGACGCCUCCUGCAUCACGGGCCAGCGCACCCGCCUGUCCCUGGUCCUGCGGGGGACACAGGCCGCCAGGAACGUGAAGGCCUUCACCUCACACCCGCAGGAGCUGACGACGGACCCCCAGGGUGUGUUUGUGCUGCCGCCCCGUGGGGUGCUGGAGCUGGCGGUGACACUGCGGCCCCGGAGGGCAGGCAGCCGCUUCCUGCACCUGCACCUGGUGGAUGUGGACCGGCACCAACUCGUGGCCUCAUGGCUCGUGGGCCUCUCCUGCCGCCCGCCGCUCAUCUCCAAGGCCUUUGAGAUCCGGCUGCCAGCGGGCGACGGGAAGGGGGUGCACAAGCGCAUCACCUACACCAACCCCUACCCCGCCCCGCGUACCUACCACCUGCACAGCGACCGGCCCGACCUGCUGCGGUUCCGCGAGGACUCCUUCCAGGUGGGCCCUGGGGAGACCUACACCAUGGGCCUCCACUUCCUGCCCACACCCCGCCCGGCCGAGAUCCUCAUCUACAUCAAUGACCAUGAAGACAAGACCGAGGAGACCUUCUGUGUCAAGGUCACCCCCAGUGACGGGUCAAGGUCACCUCCAUUGAUGGGUCAAGGUCACAGUCAGUGAUGUGUCAAGAUCAUCUU